AUGGGCAAUACAAGGAUGACAUUUGGUACAGAAAUGCUGUCUCAAGCCUUUGGAGACGAAGAAUGGCUUACUCGAAUCGACCCUCCACACAGGGAACAAACCUUGCAUCAUCAGCUUCUUGCCCAAACAAAGAUAUCCGAUCAAACCGCCAAGAAAUCUUUCGGCUUCGGCGUGACGGCCACAAAGCAGCAGCGGCUCCCCACGAAGCGAUUUCACCUUGAUAGCGCAGCCUUCGGAGCCGAAACGAUCGAGUAUAUGAAAGAAUGGAACGAUCCCAAUUUAACCCCUGUUGACCGUUUGCUAAUCUUGCAAAAGCAAACUGUCACUGCUGUGAUGAUCGUGGCAGGAGACGAAUCUGAUCCCUACAUCACCAUUGUCACCAAUCCCUCCAUUACCAAAGUUGAGGCUGAUGACGGAAAUUUGGGUGCUCCCAUUUGGUCGGAUAUCCUCCAAGAGGAACUGGCGCAAGAGAUUGGUGUUCCGUACAAUCGUCCUUCGCAUUUGGCCGCCGCAGGCACUGGUUGGGGAACGAGGACUGGCACCGUCAGUUCUCGAGACGAACUGUUUCAUAAAAUACAAGCAGUAAUUUUGCAUCCAGCCGAACGUUUCGGCUCACAGCAUGGGACAAUUCAUCAUGCAUUGCUCUUUCCAGCCUUGAUUUGCCCACCCGUUGGAUUCUUUUGGCAAACCGACACCACAUUCUCCGAAUUCGUGGCAAGUAUCACGGCCUUGAACGGGACUACGUAUCGGUCGUUCCUAACGGUGCUGGAACUUUGCCGCUCUGAGAUCGAACCGUGGUUUGAUGCAGUGAAUGCUUCGCCCGCGGAUUUCAGUUUCCGAAUGCAAUCUGCCCAGCCCUUAAUCGAUGCCUUGCCUACUGAAGAAAAUCCUAUCCCAGAUGGUAUCGAAGAUGAGAGUCUACUUGAUCCAAUCUUGGAGUUAGUGGACAAAUUGCUGUGGCCCUAUUAUGAGGACCGUGUUCUGACCGACUGCGAAAGCAAGGAAGUGAGCACAAAUGCAUCAUCGCAACUGCAUUAUCUUCUUCGAUAUGGUCGAAAGUGCUUUCCAGAGUCAUUGACGUCGAUGUAUGGAUACCAAAUUCCAUUCUUGACUUACUUCUUACGACCUUCAAAGGGCUGGCUGAUGGGAGUGGAUCACGGAGCACUCUUUUCAGACAAAUGCCACCAAGCGCAAUGGAUUCAAAGUUACAAUCCUGUGAAAGUGCCGGUCGUCGAUAAUGGAUCGUAUGAACCGGCCAUGAUUCAAACCAAACUUGACCUAGCAAUAGGGAAGGAAGCUGCCGACAAAAACAAGGGAACAAACGACAGUACUGAAGUAAGCGACAAUCCUGCCAAAAUCGUUCCCCUAGAUAGGGUAUCUGAGGUCCAGCAAAUCAAUGAAAAUGAAGAAGAUGCGAUGGUUCCUGCGAUUAUAAUUCGCAAUGUGUCUCCUAAUGCUGAUCUUCCUAACGUGUCGAGAUGUAUCGUUAACGGCAUCCGAAAAUUGCAUGGUGAGCAAGCAGAAGUGGUGUCUUGCUACUUCAUCGCCAAGACGAAAGAUACAGCGAAAGCAUUCUUGGAGUUCACAGAGAUGCGCCACGCUAGGAUGGCCUUGAAACUGGAUGGAAUUCAGGUGUUUUCUCGGACCAUUUCAUUGAAACCUAUACAACCAGGCGAGAGUACCACACCAGUUGAAAUUCCAAAGGAAAAUGCCUCUCUGGAGAAGCCAAAAGGAUUCAAUAUUGCUGCACGCAAAAGGGAGCUAUGUACGCGACAUGCUGACGGUCACUGUUGGUUAGGCGACAAGUGCCAUUUUGCGCAUGGAGUUCUCGACCUUCGGUUGAACUACCAAACCAGUUUGCAUCCGGAGCGUUGUCUGUACAUUCGUAAUAUUGCGCUCAACUAUCCCUCGGUUGACCUGCUAAAUUUUAUCCGGAAGAAAUAUGAAAAAAGUAUGCACUCAUCACCAGAGUUUACAGCGAUUCAUGUUCGUGGUAGAAUGGGAGAUGCCUUGGUGGAAUUCGAAGAAGUUGCGCAAGCAUCAGUGGCUCGUCAGAUCUUGGGGGGGACUUUAAUGUCAAGUCAACUUCGAUUGGAAAUCUAUCCUUGGAAGCCAGUGUAUCAGCCUGUGUUUGUUGCCUACUUCAAGGACGAUAGCGAUAUACCGAUUGACGUUGGGCGAUCACUAUCCCCCAAAAGUGUCACAUCGGAAGUAUCUAGUCUUACAGACAAAAUCAAGCUGAACCCGGAGCGAUCGGAAGUAGCUACUUUAACAAGACUUAAAUUGGAGACCAAACGACAUCCUGACCGUUGUUUAUACAUUCGCAACAUUUUUCGCAACUGUCCAACAGACAACUUGAUCGGCUUUAUCCGCAACAAUUUCAAGCAGAACAUGCACUCAACACCCGAGUUUACAGCGAUUCAUCUUCGUGGCAGAAUGGGAGAUGCAUUGGUGGAGUUCGAAGAAGUUACUCAAGCAUCAGUGGCUCGCCAGAUCUUGGACGGAACUUUGAUAGGACCUAAUUGCCGAUUGGAAAUCUACCCCUGGAAGCCAGCGUAUCAGCCUGCUUUUGAUGCUUACUUCGAUGAAGAUAGGGAUAUGCCGAUUGAUGUUGGGAGAGUCCAAUCCUCUCAGAGUACCAUAUCAGAAGGAGCCACUGCAAUAAGUCUCACUGCAGAAACGAAACUGCAUCCAGAGCGCUCUGUGUACAUUCGCAACAUUUCUCGCAACUGUCCAGCACACGACUUGAUGAAUUUGAUCCGCAGGCAGUUUGAGCAAAGUAUGCACCCAUCACCCAAGUUUACAGCGAUUCAUGCUCGUGGAAGAAUGCGAGACGCCUUCGUGGAGUUUGCAGAAGCUUCCCAAGCAUCAGUGGCUCGUCAGAUCCUGGUUCAGGUGACAUUGGAGAGUCAACAAUUGGAAGUAUAUCCCUGGAGUUCAUCGUAUCAGCCUGCAUUCGUUGCCUACUUCAAUGAAGAUACAGACAUAUCGAUUGAUAUUGGCAGCUUCCGUUCCCUCGAAAUAAAUGCCACAUCGGAAGUAGCUACAGUGACAAGUCUCACAGCCGAAAUACAAGAGAACAAGCGGAAAGCGAAAAAGCUCAGGCAACGUUUGCGUCGCAAAUCAGAAAAGAUCAAAAACUUGCAAGAAGAAAAGCAACAGCAAGAUGAAGUCCUUCAACUGUUUGGGGCAUCUUUUCAUUCCAUGAAGCGUGGCCUUUCAACUGCCUUGUCAGAGAUUGAUUCAGUUUUGCAGCAACUGAUAGAACUACAACAAGUCCAAGCUACGUCUGUGUCCAAUUCAUCACACGCUACCGAAGCGAUAAAGACCGAGAUUGAACGCCUUCAAAUGCUUCUGCUGACUAGCGCUAGUACCAUUUCGGACGAAGGGAGCCAGACAUCGUCGCUUUCUGGACAUCUAUAA